CAGCUCGUUGCUAACCGGGUGACAGGUUUCUCCGUCGGCAAGUCAUGGUGCCAUGGCACCCCGCUGGCGUUUCAUCUUUGCGCUGGUUUUUCUUGGCGUUGGUGGAGUUUGCGGUGAAGGUGUAGGACCGUUGAUGCGCCGCGCGGGUACGGUGGACAGGUCCAACAGGUCAACGCAUGUGACGCUUGAUCCAAGCCGGAAGGAUGGAAGGUCUGCUUUCAUACAGAUGGGCUCUGGGGUGGACCGCUGUGGGGCCAGGGCCAACCAUCGCUGCGCCAAGCGCCACAUAAAACAAAAAGCCCAUAUUGCGGUGUACACUUACAACCUGGGCGGUUACGAAGAACCUCGCGGCUUUCAAGUCCCAUGCGUGCCGGACACAGUGGAUGCCUUCCUCUUCCUGGACGCGCGCACCAAGCGCAAAGCACCCAAGGCGGCCUUGGCGUAUUGGAAACGCCAGGGCUGGAAGCUCAAGAUUGUUCCUUUGGAGGAUGCCACGCCCUACGUCUCUGGAGAAAGGUUGACUUCGAAGUACCUGAAAUUUACUCCUCCUGAGUGGAUGGAAAGAUACGACUGGCUGGUGGGAUAUGACCAUGACAUGACCAUCAACCUUCAGAAGCUGCCGAGAUUCUUGGAAGAUCGAGAUGACCGGCCCUUGCUGAUGUUAAAGUGGUAUUGGCGUGACUGCGAGGACGACGCCUUCAAGUGCAUGAUGUGGGAGAUGAAUGAUAUGCUGACCAAGAGGCCUGAGUAUGUGAAAUCUUCGCGUCGCAAUAUCCAACACUGGAAGGAGCUGAUGCGGUCGCUACAUGAGGCCAGGGAAGCCUUCAUGCCGCCGCACUACUACGAGAGUUGCAUUAUUGCCCGAAACCUGAAGCAUGAAAAGGCCGAGACGGUGAGGAAUGCCUUCGAGAAGAUUUACAACAUGUCUCAUGAUAUCCAACGUGACCAAUUCCUGCUGCCCUACUACUUAUGGCGCCACGACUUGAGCUAUGAGCUUGAGGCUUUGCAUCUCGAUGAGAUGCAAGAGCAGUUGGACAUGUGUUCAGUGCCGACAAAGAGAAAGCGAAAUUGAGCGUGUGACCAGUGGUAGCUGCCGCUGGCCAAUGUGCUCAGAAAGGUUGAGAACAAAAGUGCUGUGCCG